AUGAGUAUUUGGCUUCUGUUUCUAUCGAUUUAUUCAAUUGGUAUUCAUGCAAGUCAUUUCAAUGGAGGUACUAUUACAUGGGCACCCAUUAAUCCUAAUGCUAAUUCAUCUUCAGUCGACAUAACUAUUACACAAAGUUAUUCAUGGAGUUAUCCUACUGUAACUUGUACAACAGAUGUUCCAGUCUCAAGUAGUAAACCUGGUGGAAAUCUUACAUGUGUUGCUAAUUGUUCAACUGAUGGUGGUUAUUCAACUGCACCAAUUUCAAUUUUAACUGAUUGUACUUCUUCUAGUUCUGCAUUAGGCACUAUGUCAAGUGAACGAUCAGUCAAUGUUACACUUAGUACAGGUGCAUAUUUUUAUGUAGCAUAUAAAGGAAGUGCUUGGAGAGAUUUGUAUACUACUACAACAAGUGGUCUUGAUUGGUCUAUUGCAUCUUUAAUUGAUCUUCGCUUACGAUCUGAUGGUAUAAUUAAUACUCCACCAGUAGCAAAUGUUGUUUCGCCUCAAUAUAUUAUUGUAAAUACAACGACUCUCAUUGAUAUAUCUGUAUCCGAUGUCAAUACAGAUGAUGAUGUACGUUGCCGAUGGGCAGUCAAUCAAGGUAGUGGAUCGAUUGACGAGUGUAGUAAUAUAUGUUAUCCAGGUGGUUUACCAAAUGAUACAAUUCUAUCCAAUUGUACUAUUUCAUUUACGGGACUAGUACCGAAUACUUGGUAUCCUAUUGCUGUACAGGUAGAAGAUUUUAUUAACGAAACAAGUACAGAACCAAUGAGUUCAGUACCAGUUCAAAUUUUAAUUUAUGUUCAAGCAACACCAUCAUGCACAAUAUUACCUGUCAUGGUUUCAUUGACAGAUUGUUUAGAAGUUCAAGCUGGUGUAACAACAAAUUUUACUCUCUAUGUAUCAAAUCUAUGCAAUUCAAGUGCAACAAUCACUGAAGUUAUUAUAUCAAAAAAAAUUUCUGGUAUGACAGCUAGUAGUGUGAAAAAUUCGACAACAAACACAUUAUCAUAUAUACAAUUAAGUUGGACACCACAAUCAAGUCAAAUUGGAACACAAGAAAUGUGUGCAUAUGCUUAUAACAGUUUAUUAGUACGUUCAACACAAUAUUGUGUAACAUUCACAGUAACAGCAUCAUCUCCUUACUGUCCGACAACAACAGUUGCUGGAGCUUCAAUGACAACAGUAGCAACAAGUAAUACUGGCAUGAAUAUUCCACUCAUUGUCGGUUUAUCAUUGUUAGCAUUAUCACUAGCAUUAUGUUGUUGUGGCUGUUGGCUUUAUCACUUUUUCUGGGGUUCUAGAGGAAGACGUCGUCGAGUAGGAAAACAAGAGGAAGAAAAAAUUGAACAACAAAAGUAUUCACAGAGAUUACCAUUAUUCAUCACUCGAAAUCUUCCAUUUAAAACAUUGAAUAAGAAUUAUUUAUUUCGCCAGAUAUCAAACAAUCACGAUAGCACAAGUACUCUUCGAUUAAGUGCACCAACGUCAUUAUUAAGUACAUCAAAAAAUCAAGUAUCUUUCAUCGUUAGUGAAAAUGACAGAAACCAUAAUAUUGAACAAUCAUUUGCAAAAGAAAGUAUGCAACACAAUGCAUCCUAUCAUCACAACAAUAAAGUUACUAGAGUUCUUCGAAAUAAAGUAUCAACAGUUUGCAACACUGCACAACUCAAUGAUAGCCAAAGAAAAGAUAAAAGUAAUAAUAUAAGUGGAGAUCUAACUAUUGAAGAUACGAAUGCAUCAAUAUAUUACAAUGAAUCUAUGAAUGCCAUUAAACUUAAUGAAGAUGAAACAUCAGCCGUCCGAAAAAGUCGAAUAAUAAGUGUUAAUCUUUCUGCAACCGUAGCACGACGACGAAGUCAUUCAAUAAAUGCACGCAUUGGUAGUCAACCGAUCACAGGAAAACGUUCAUCGAAAAUUGGUAGUGUUACUGUUACUCGAGUGAGAAGUUUUUCUAACAAUAAUAGACCAAGAAAAAGUAAUGGAACGAGUAUAUUUCCUGAAGAUAACGGAAGACAUACAAAUAACAAAAUAGAUAUUACUUCAGUUCGACGUCACAAGUCAAAAACUCGAUCGUAUAGAUCAAAAUAUCAAAAAAACUAA